UGGGAGGCCUGAAACCUAGGGGCAGCAUUACGGGAAAGUCACCCUCACUCGUGGGUCGUUUAAAUACCCCUUUCGGUCCUUGGUCAGCUCCUACCCAGCUCUCGUGCGAGGCCGCAAAGAAGAUGGAGAGAAGGGGUCUCCUUCGCCUCUGUCCUCUUAUCGCCCUUCUCUGCCUCGCCUCUGCCGAAGUCUUCUUCGAAGAGCGCUUCGAUGAUGGAUGGGAGGAUCGCUGGGUGAAAUCUGAUUGGAAAAAAGAUGAAAACAUGGCUGGAGAUUGGAACCACACAUCUGGAAAAUGGAGUGGUGAUCCAAAUGACAAGGGUAUCCAGACUUAUCCAGAUUAUAGGUUUUUUGCCAUCUCUGCGAAAUUUCCAGAGUUUAGUAACAAGGACAAAACACUGGUUUUCCAAUUUUCAAUUAAGCAUGAGCAAAAGCUUGAUUGUGGUGGUGGAUAUAUGAAGUUGCUUAGUGGUGAGGUUGAUCAAAAAAAGUUUGGAGGGGAAACACCUUAUAGCAUAAUGUUUGGACCAGAUAUCUGCGGUUACACCACGAAGAAAGUCCAUGCUAUACUGACUCGUAAUGGAAAAGGCCACUUGAUAAAAAAGGAUAUUCCUUGUGAAACAGAUCAGCUAACCCAUGUUUACACUUUCAUCAUCCAUCCUGAUAAUACAUACAGCAUACUGGUUGACAAUAAUGAGAAACAAUCUGGGAGCCUUUACUCUGACUGGGACCUGCUCCCCCCAAAGGAAAUUAAGGACCCUGAAUCCAAGAAGCCAGAAGAUUGGGAUGAUGUGGAAUAUAUACUGGACCCUGAGGACAAAAAACCUGAGGGUUAUGAUGAUAUCCCAAAAGAAAUCCCAGAUCCUGAUGCCAAGAAGCCAGAGGACUGGGAUGAUGAUGAAGAUGGUGAAUGGGCUGCCCCAACCAUUCCAAAUCCUGAGUACAAGGGUCCAUGGAAACAGAAGAAAAUCAAGAACCCUAAUUAUAAGGGCAAGUGGAGCGCACCAAUGACUGACAAUCCAGAUUUCAAAGAUGAUCCCGACCUCUAUGUUUUCCCCCAUCUGAAAUAUGUGGCAAUUGAAUUAUGGCAGGUCAAAACAGGAACCUUGUUUGACAACAUUCUGAUCUGUGAUGACCCUGAAUACGCAAAGAAGUUUGCAGAGGAAACAUGGGGAACAAACAAGGAUGCUGAAAAGGCAGCUUUUGAUGAAGCAGAGAAGAAGAAAGAAGAGGAGGAGGAAGCUGAUAAGAGUGACAUUGACGAAUCUGAGGAUGAGAAAGAGGAUAACACUGACGAUGGUUCCGAGGAAGAGGAAGAUGAUGCAAGCCUGCAUGAUGAACUUUAAGAGCAGCUGACAUCCUGGAGGGUAAGUUUUUUUUUUGUCCGCAGCAAGUGUUCUAAUUAGCUAUCAUUAGAGGAGUCUGAUUUUGUCAGCACUUAUCUUGUGAUGUAUGUGCUGCCAGUCAAUGAACUGAUUUGUUUAGAUUAGUCACAUACUCAAUCUGUAAGUUCUAAAAGCUAAAUUUUUGUUCUGAACUCUCCACUGUUAUGGCCUGUUGGAUAUAUUUCAGGAAACUAUAGCUGUUCAUUUAGUGGAUGUUUGUUUGAAUGAUAUCCCAUAUUCAAAUU